GUUAUCUCACGUUGGUCCACCUUUUUCAUCAAGAGAAGGUUUCCAACUGACACCAUGGGCAAAAAUCGGUCCAGGAGGAACAAAAUUGCUCCUAAGGCGCGAACCAACUUGGAAGGGAAAGAAAAGCUUUCAUCUCAGGAUCUCAGACAUCAAAUAACUCUCUCCCAAUCCAGGCGUGAAACACAAGACAAAUCUUGUGAACAGAGUUUCCACUCUAAAGCUCCAAAGAGUUCUCAUCCAAAGGAUUCUCAGGCAGAAAUAGAAAAAUUCGACGCCAACUCCCCCAUAGUUCGAAAGUUAAUCGGAUGGCUCAACAAGGAGGGAGAGGCCCGGUCCCAGCGAACCGGGAGAGAGACGGGCCAAGGAGAGGAUGAGGAGGUGGAAAGUCAGAGCCGCAUAUCAGUGCACAAGAGGAUGCGCAAAAAUGCAUCCCAAAGGCUGGGACCCAGAACUGAGGAAUCUGGAGAAAAUUCUGGGGGUCCCGGCAAUGAAGAUGCCAAAGACAUCCUCAAAUUGAGAAAAGAAAUGGAGGAACUAAAGAGGCAGGUUGACAAGGAUGGGUCUUUUGGACCCACAGUAGAGAUAAUUUCUCCCUUCACUGCCAGAGUGAUGAAAGCUCAACUGCCUAGGGGUAUGAAAGCCCCUGAAAUCCGUUAUAAAGGAGUCACCGAUCCCAAUGAUCACUUGGCCGCGUACCAAACUCACAUGUUGAUGCACGCCGUGGAAGACGAGAUCCAAUAUCGCCUCUUCGUAGGAACCUUGGAGGGGCCGGCCGUAAAAUGGUUCCUCACCCUUCCUAACGGGACCAUUGAUUGCUUCAAAGAUCUUGCUCAACUUUUCCUCAACGCCUAUGGAGGAAGGUCGGGGGAAUUGUUCAGGAAGUUAGAUUACGAUACCCCUACUUCUUACAAAGCUAUGAUGGCUAAGGUUAACAAGUUCUGCGCUACAGAAGAGUCAGAUCGCCUGAAAGGAAAGAGUGAAGGAGCCUUGCAUAAAGGUCCGGACAAAGAAAAGAGAGGAGAAAAGGCCAAGGCGACCACUCUCUCCAUCCCUACCCUCAAGUCACUGGCUGCACCGGUGGCAGAAAUUAAGAGCAAGGAGGAUGGUGGACAGAAGAGGAGACGUGGAGACCAAAAAAGAAGGCAGUGGCCCUAUGACCCAGAAAAAUAUUGCAACUUCCAUAGAAGGCCUAGACACGCCACCGAAGAAUGCCAUUUCCUCAAAAAGAUGGAAGGAGAGAUGAAGGACAAGGAACCGAAUGCUAAUCGGGAGCCGAACCAAGGAGGCCAAGCGGCCAAGAGAGGAAGGAGGGAGCCCAUUGUCUUCUUAGACGAAGAUUUACCACUCAUUCCUAGCCCUCAUCGGACUCCUCUGGUAAUUUCUAUGGCUAUUCACAAAUUUUUUGUCAAUAGAAUAUUGGUGGACACCGGAAGCAGUGUCAAUGUGUUGUACUGGGAGGCGGCCCAGCAAUUAGGAAUCAGGAAGGAAGAUCUCACAAAGCUUAACAUGCCCCUGUCCGGUUUCACUGGAGACAUAAUUGAACCGGAAGGGUCCAUUAAAUUGGACAUCAUCAUAGGCGAGCAUCCUAGGGUGAGGCAUAUGAGGAUGGAUUUUUUAGUGGUCGAUAUCAAAUGCGCUCACAAUGCCAUCUUAGGGAGGCCUGGGCUAGAGGACUUGGGAGGUGCACUAUCCCUAGAACACCUGUGCCUCAAGUUUAGGACUCCCGAAGGUGUUGGGAGGGUCCUUGGCGAUCAACCCGCAGCCAAGAAGGCCUAUCUAAGUGCCUGCAAGAGGAUAGACAAGGAGAACCUCAACAUCCAAACCAUCGGGCAUGUUUUUGAAGAUAAAGAAAGGAGAGAGGAGGACCGUGAGAGGCCCAAGCCAGCUGUGGAAACGGAAGAGGUGGCGCUAUUCCCGGAGGGAGAACCAGAGAAGGUUGUGAAAAUCGGUUUAGGGCUAGAGGAGAAUACCCGUGAAGAUAUCAUCCGAGUAUUAAGAGAAAACUCGGUCCUCUUCGCAUGGGAAUCCAAGGAUAUGCCCGGAGUCGAUCCCUCAGUCAUUUGCCAUAAAUGGAACAUCAAGAGGUUAACUCCCUAUUUCCAAGCUCACCCAGUAAGAAUCAUGACGGACCAGCCUUUGGGAGUAGUUUUGAGGGACCCAUCUUCUUCAAGAAGGGUCAUCAAGUGGGCUAUGGUCCUCUCUCAAUAUGAUAUUUCUUACCAGCCCCGUUCCAGCAAGAAGGGCCAGGUCAUUGCCGAUUUUAUGGUGGAAUGCACAGCAAGAGGAAAGCCAGAAGAGGAUGGGACCGGAGGAGGAGCGGUCCUCACCUCCCCCGAAGGCUUCAAGGCUUAUCAUUCCUUCAAGUUCACAUUUCGGGCCACCAACAAUGAAGCGGAGUAUGAAGCCCUCAUUGGAGGAAUCCAGAUUGCCCUAUUCAUGAGGAUAAAACACAUUCGCCUUAAAUCCGAUUCAAAACUGGCCAUCGGGCAGCUAAAAGGGGAAAUGGAGGCCAGGGAAGGAAGGUUGAAAAGAUACAGGGAUUGCGCCAGGACUCUACUGGGACAAUUUGAGUAUUAUGAACUCAUAUAUGUUCCAAGGGAGGAGAAUGAGGAAGCGGAUAUGCUUGCCAAAUUAUGUAGGACCAUUCCCGUCCACAUGGAGGGUAUGGUAAGACAGCACGAGAAGACUUGUCCUGUUUGGGAAGAGGCGGUCCCUGUCCUUGAGAUAUCCGGUCCAGGAGAGACUCCCUUCGCCUUGGCCUAUGGCUUUGAGGCAAAGGUGCCAACCGAGGUCUUGGUCCCUAGUACAAGGGUGGAGGCAUACACCCCGAUCCUCAACGAGCAGUUAAUGGAAGUGGAUUCCCACUUCACGCAAGAAAGGAGGGAUGAUGUGGCGAUAAAAGCGGAAGAGUACCAGCGACAAUCCAAAAGAUAUCACGACAAGAAAACUAUACUUCGGGCAUUCGAAGUAGGCGAUUGGGUCCUGCGUAAAAGGGAGAAGAGUCAGCUUACUAAAGGAGGAAAACUGGCCCAGAAUUGGGAAGGACCGUAUUGCGUGGAGAGAGUGGUGCGUGCAGGCACCUAUCAACUGGCUACUUCUGAAGGAAAAACAUUGGACAAUUACUGGAAUAUAGAGCACUUGAAGAAAUUCUACCAGUAGGAGCUGGUCCGUCCAAGUUUUUAUUUGGUUAUGAGCAUCACUUUUAAGAUGUUUUCUACUUCCCCUUUUUUUUAUUAAAUGGUUUGUGCGUUG